AUGGAGAAGAAGUAUGAGGGGACAACAAAGGCAAAAAGGGCACAGCUGCAAGCACUUCAAGGCGAUUUCAAAACUUUACACAUGAAAUCUAAAGAAUCGAUGACAGAUUACUUCUCCAGGACGAUGACAAUUGCAAAUAAGAUGAGAAUCCAUGGCAAUAAAAUUACAGAUGUCACUAUCAUUGAGAAGAUUCUUCGUUCGAUGACAAUUAAAUUCAACUAUGUUGUUUGUUCAAUUGAGGAAUCUAAAGACACUAACAGUAUGUUCAUUAAUGAAUUGCAGAGUUCUUUGUUGGUUCAUGAACAGAAAAUGAAUCAACAGGACAAGGAGGAGCAAGAAUUACAAGCCUCGACAUCAAAAGGAGGAGGUCAAGGACGAGGAAGAGGCAAAGGUGGCAAUGAUGGCAGACACUCAAAUCAGAAAUCUAAAGAUUAUGAUUCUCAAGGGAAAGGAAAAGGCCAUGACAACAACAACAGUCAUUUAACACCUUCAAAUUCAAAGUCAGCAGACAAAUCAAGAGUUGAAUAG